AUGGAAACAGAGAACCAAACAGGAAUAGCAGAAUUCAUCCUCCUGGGCCUCUCAGAGAAUCCAGAACUGCAGUCUCUUCUCUUUGGAAUGUUCUUAUCCAUAUACUUGAUCACUGUGACUGGGAACUUUCUCAUCAUCCUGGCCAUCAGCUCAAACUCUCACCUUCAUAUUCCCAUGUACUUCUUUCUCUCCAACCUGUCCUUCACUGACAUCUGUUUCAGCACCACCACGGUCAUCAAGAUGCUGGUGAACAUUCAGACACACACCAAAUCCAUCAGUUACACAGGCUGCCUCACCCAGCUCUGGUUUGUCCUGGUUUUUGCAGAUUUGGAAAAUUGUCUCCUUGCUGUAAUGGCCUAUGACCGGUAUGUGGCCAUUUGUCAUCCACUGAGGUACACAGUCAUCAUGAACCCCCUUCUCUGUGGUCUGUUGAUUCUACUCUCCUUGCUCAUUAGUAUUCUGAAUGCCCUGCUCCAUGGUCUGAUGGUGUUGUGUCUGUCCUUCUGUACAGACCUGAAGAUUCCCCAGUUUUUCUGUGAACUUGCUCAGGUCCUCAAGCUUGCCUGUUCUGAUACUUCCCUCAAUAGUAUCAUUCUCUAUUUUAUGAUGAGCACUUUAGGUGGUGGACCCUUCCUUUGGAUUAUUUAUUCUUAUAUAAAAAUUAUCUCUUCUAUCCUGAAAAUGCCAUCAAAAGGUGGAAUGUAUAAAGCUUUUUCUACCUGUGGGUCUCACCUCUCUGUUGUUGCCUUGUUCUAUGGAACAGGAUUUGGGGUGUAUUUAAGCUCCAUGCUUAGUCUUUCUGCUAGGAAUAAUGUAGCAGCAUCAGUAAUGUACAGUGUGGUUACACCUAUGCUGAACCCUUUCAUCUACAGUCUGAGGAACAAUGACAUGAUGGAUGCUUUGAGGAAGCUCAUCUUUAGGGCAUCUUCUUUCCAUUAA